CGUCAGACCUCUACUCCACUAUGUGCUUUGUCUAGCCGCUCUUCACACACCAGACGAUGCUAACCUCAUCCCUCUUUCUGUUCAUCGAAACAGCAAUAAACUGUGUGCCUGGGUUUUUGUGGCCUAUCAUUUACUUUGUUCUUGAUAUUGUCUCCUUCCACUCCCGGAAAAUCUACAACUAUGCGAACAUCAACCGGAGCCCGUUAAAAGUUGCCAAAACAAAGCUAUAUGACAUCGAUAAUUUUGGUGACUGGGAAAGAACGGUUGCCACUAUCGACCGCUUAUCAGGCGCCUACAGUUGGCGCCAGAACUACACCAGCUCCAAGUACGACUAUAAUUUAAUCAGCGAAAGGAUUAAGUUGUUACAGCAGUCCAGAGAAUCGAAUGACUUCCUCAGAAUCAUAAGUUUACUCCGUUCUAGUUUGAUCCGGAACUUUGGCGGUAUUUCCUCGAAAGAGUUGUUUACCAAGUCCUAUGCUGGCACUAAGACGCUAAUCGAAGACUACAUCACCGAGGUUUUGACAUGCUUGACGUAUUUGAACGACCUUGGUUCUUCCUCGUCCAGGACCAAGCAAUCACAUGAUAUGAAUGCCUCAACUCUACGCCAGAUAAAGCUCGACUUCUUCCAUGACACUCGCCAGAGUUUCGGCAGCACUGCCCUUAUCCUACAAGGCGGGAGCUUGUUCGGACUAUGCCACUUGGGGGUUGUGAAAGCCCUAUAUUUCAAAGGUUUGUUACCCAGGAUUAUCAGCGGUAACGCGAUCGGAGGCGCUGUCGCAGCUUUAGUUUGCACGCAAACAGACCAGGAGUUAAUCCCCAUGUUGGUUAACUUGACGGCGUGCAUGAGAGAGAUUGAUCGCUUAAAUACUGAUGUCGACGAGAGGUACGCUAGUGUCAUUGAAAAUAUCAUCAAAAAAGGAUACAGCCAAGAUAUUUUGGUGUUUUUGAAAUUUGUUAGAGAUAGCAUUGGCGACAUCACCUUUGAGGAGAGUUAUUUGAAGACGGAAAAAGUGUUAAACAUUACAAUCAGCCCGUCGCAUACAUCUGUUCCUUCCUUAUUGAAUUACGUCACAACCCCGAACGUCGUGAUUUGGUCUGCCAUAUAUGCUUCCAUAGGGACAGGUGUCCUUUCUGACAAUGUUUCAUUGUACGUGAAGAACCCAGAGAACGACAUUGUUCCCUUUGAUUCUCACCUCGAAGAUAUCAUAUACAACCCUCCUAGUUUUUCAACCAAUGCACAGAUAAAUGAUCCUUCGCCGUACACCAGGCUCACAGAGUUGUUCAACGUCAAUCACUUUGUCAUUUCAUUGGCAAGGCCGUAUCUAUCCCCUCUUAUUGGGAAUGAUAUCAGACCAACACUGAGCUCCUCUAAGCUCAUUACUACUGCCCAAUCGCUCGUCUCGAUUGAGUUUCAGUACAGAUUCUCCAUGUUGAACGAACUAGGUAGGCUCCCAGCUUUCUUCAAAAGAUUUGCUGUCGAUGAGAAAACUCCAAGGACGAAUGCAGGUGAAAUAACUAUAGUUCCGGAGUUGAGGUAUUACGUGAAGGAUUUUACGAGGUUGUUCGAUGUGCAUAACUGCUUCAACAACAUUCCAUACUGGAUCAAGGUGGGGGAAAAGUCCACUUGGGGCGUUUUUGGCUUGUUAUGGGUGAGAUGUGCCGUAGAGUUUGCUUUGGAUGAUUUAUAUAACUUGAACCGCAAGCGAAGAGUCAACAGUUCAGGUAUCUAUCAGACAAGAAGUAGUUAAUGCCAUGUGAUUUUGUGAUACUUUGAUUUCGACGCUAUACCCUGUGUUUAUG